GCACAACUGUCAAAGCUGUCAUCGCUUGGUGACAACAACCAAACGCGUUUUGUCGUUGUUGUGAAAAAGAAAAACCAAGGAAAACAGUUUUUUUUUGCUACAUUUUGCAUUACAUACAUAAUUUUCAAGAAUGGAAAAUAUUCAAAAAAUUGAAAAUGCAGAAUCGAGACCGGAAGAAAGUGAAUCCCUAAACAAUUCAAUAGAAGAAAAAUCUGUAGAUAUAUCGGAAAAUACUCAAAAACCUAAGGCAUUAAAGGCAAAAAAGCGAAAGAAGCCCAAAGACAGCACUGCACCUAGAGUUCCACUCACAGGUUAUGUAAGAUACUUGAAUGACCGCCGAGAGGCCGUCAGAACUACAAAUCCAAAUUUAUCAUUUGCUGAAAUAACAAAAAUGCUGGCAAGUGAAUGGAGUAAUUUACCAGUAGAAAAAAAGCAACAAUAUCUAGAUGCAGCAGAGCAAGACAGAGAACGAUAUACAAAAGAAUAUAAUGCAUACAAGCAAACUGAAGCUUACAAAUUAUUUACUCAGCAACAGAAUGAGAAAAAAAUGAAAGAAAAUAAGGACAAGGAGGAACAGAUAGUUAAAGUUCCAACAGCACAUCAACCUAUUAUUCAAAAAGACAUGCAAGAUAUGGAUUUAGGCAAUUUUGAUAUUCCUAUCUUUACUGAAGAAUUUCUGGAUCACAAUAAGACUAGAGAUGCUGAAUUAAGACAGCUGAGAAAAAUAAAUACAGACUAUGAACAACAAAAUGCAAUAUUGUCAAAACAUAUAGAGAACAUGAAGGUAGCUAUAACAAAAUUAGAAGCUGAAAUUAUGCAACAAGAAAAGAAUAAUUCAUCUCUUCAGCAGCAUCUUAAUCAUUUGAGAAAUACUUUGACUACUGGUUUUGGAGGAGUUAAACUACCAGGUAUUAAAGAAGCGGCUACUCUGCAAAAUAUUGACAAUUAUAUGACGAAUCUUCAUUCCAUAUUGCUAGAAAAUAGUAGCCAUGAUACGAACUUGCUACAAACUGUUCGUGAUAUUGUAGGAAAACUUGAGUUCAAUGGAUGACAGGAGUGUAGAACUUCAAAAAGAAAAAGGACAAUUAAAAAAUUUUAUUAAACUUCACCUCAACCAAGUUGAUCAGUUUAAUUUUGAAUGUUUUGAGAUAAUUUUUGAAUUCUAAGUUGGAUUUAUGACUUUGAUUUGAGUAAUUUAAAUAGUGUUAACAUAUCAGUUGACAGAAACUGGUUAUAGUUUUGCAUAAAAAGGAAUAUUGUGAUUUCUAUCUUUUUUUUUUAAUUUAGACAUUGUUAUUAAUGUUCUAGCUCUAUAUACCUUUAUAACUUUUUACUGUGAUUUACAUUGUAGAAAAUGUAAUUUUUGAGAACAAAUAAAAAAUAAAUAUAGUCCAGAUUUUCAAAAUAUCGUUUCCAUGACAUAAUUAUAAUUUUUAAAUGUUUAGUACUGAACUCUAAUGGUACAACUUAAUUUAAGUAAAAGUUAAAGGAUUCAAGGAUAGUUAAAAUUGAG